AUGAUGUCGCAGCACUUGACGAGCAUGUUCGAGCAGAUCGGGAACUUUACAAAGAACAACCUGGUGCACAAUAGCAAGCUGGUGAAAGAGAAGGAGAAUAAAUCGAACUCCAACCACGUUGGGGCUGUUAGUGGUGACAACCAGCAGGCCUCACCGUCGCACAAGCACGGCCAGCCACCGCCUCCGUUGAAGAAGCCUUGCAAGCUGCGGAACGUCGCAUCAAAAGCAGAAUCCUACGACACGCUCUAUAGCAACAGCACUCUGGUAAGUUCUAGAAUAAGC